CCUAGCCUCCUUUAUUACACUAUAUAGCAAAGCUAGCUUUCUUCACUUUUCCAAGCGUUCAAACUUGAAAAACUAACAAAGAUGAUGAACAAAAUGAAAGGGCAAUCCCUUAAAAUGUCCAUCUUAUUUUUUGUGUUGUUGUGUGGUUUGAUUUGUGAGGUUAGUGGAGCAGGUGUGGCAGAAAAGUGUAGCCAGCAAUUGUCGAAUGUGGCUCAGUGCCUGAGCUUCGCAUCGGGGAAAGCGGAAACGCCAACGAAGGAGUGUUGCACAUCGGUGAAGGGAAUGAGGGACAGUGACCCGGAGUGCUUGUGUUUCAUGAUUCAGCAGACUCACAAUGGUAGUGAGGCUAUCAAGAAUUUGGGAAUCCAGGAGGCUAGGCUGCUUCAGCUCCCCACUGCAUGCAACUUGAAAAACUCUAGCAUUAGUGAUUGCCCUAAGCUGUUAGGGCUAGCUCCUGGCUCCCCAGACGCUGCGAUCUUCACAAAUGCUUCAACAGCAACACCCACUCCAACAUCAUCGUCGUCGUCAGAAAAAGCUAACGCUAGCGACACCAAUUUCGGAACUAGGCUUGGACCUCACUUGACUGGUCUGAUGGCGAUGGCUAUAGCCAUUUUUCUCUUGGCAUUCCCAGCUGGGUCUGCAGCCACUAGUAUUGAGUAGAGUGGGAAAGGUUCAGCUAACAGGAGCAGCGAAGCUUGCAAGCUCCUUUAUCUCGGUUGUUUUGCUCGCCUUUUUAGGACUUUUUAUGCUUGAUUGUAUUGUCGUUGCAUCAAUUUGUUUUCGGGGUACUCGCUAUUACAUUUAGCUCAAUAGUUUCCUAUGUAUGCGUAAUUAUCAACCUUUCAGACUUUUCUCAUUGGGUGUGUGUGGCUGACGGGUUGUGCAAAGGUUUGAAUACAAAUGCACUUGUUUCACUUCA